AUGAAGCCAUCUCCAGCUGGCCCCUCGGCGGAGGCCUGCAAAGCUGCAGGGCAGGACGAGAAGAGCUGUCCCAUGUGUCAGGCCUGUGGAGACAGUGCGGGCCCGGGCCCCAAGCCAGCACCUGGGCCAGGGUCUGGGUUAGCUUCAGGUUCUGGAUCAGGACCUGGGGCGGUGUCUGGUCCCAGGCCUGAUUCUGGUGCUAUGUCUGCACCUGGGCCAAAGCCUAGCACAGUUCCAGGGCCUGGGCCGAAGCAAGGUAUUCUGGGACCCGAAGUCCGCUCUAGCACCGUGACUGGGUCUAGCCCCGUGACUGGGUCUAGCCCUGGGCCUGCUGCUAUGUCUCCAAAACCUGCACCCAGUCAGGGACCUGCAUCAGGAGCUGGGUCCACACCUGAGCCAAAAACUGCGCCAGUACCUGGGCCAGGGGUAGGGAGUGGACCUAGCCGGGACUCUGGGACUGGGCCCAAAACCAGCGAACCAACAGCAGCCUCAACACCAGCACCACAGCAGAAGGCUCAGACAGCGCCUACAAAAGCCCCUCGGCAAAAGGUUCUGGUGACUGGAGGAGGAGGCUACCUGGGCUUUAGCCUGGGCUCCACCCUGGCCAGGAGUGGCAUUUAUGUCAUCCUGCUUGACCUCCGAAGACCCCAGUGGGAGCUGUGUCCAGGGACUGAGUUCAUCCAGGCUGAUGUGCGGGAUGAAGCAGCCCUGUACCGUGUCCUGGAAGGGGUGGAUUGUGUCUUUCAUGUGGCGUCCUAUGGCAUGUCCGGUGCUGAGAAGUUGCAGAAAGAAAAGAUUGAGUCUAUAAAUGUUGGUGGCACCAAACUAGUGAUUGAUGUGUGUGUCCGCCGCCAGGUUCCAAGGCUCGUAUACACCAGCACAGUCAAUGUGGCAUUCGGCGGGAAGCCCAUCGAGCAGGGCAAUGAAGACUCGGUGCCAUACUUCCCACUGGAGCAGCACAUGGACCACUACUCCCGCACCAAAGCCAUCGCUGACCAAUUAAUCCUCAUGGCCAACGGAACACCGCUUCCAGGAGGAGGCAUUCUGCGCACGUGUGUACUCCGACCCCCCGGAAUUUACGGCCCUGAAGAGCAGAGACACCUGCCCCGGGUGGCGGGCCACAUCAAGAAACGGCUGUUCCUGUUCCGAUUUGGGGGGCACAAGACACGCAUGAACUGGGUCCAUGUACACAACCUGGUACAGGCACAUGUACUGGCAGCUGAGGCGCUCACCGCCGCCAAGGCCUACGUGGCUAGUGGGCAAGCAUACUACAUCAAUGAUGGUGAAAGUGUCAACCUCUUCGAGUGGAUGGCCCCGCUGUUUGAGAAGUUGGGGUACAGCCAACCCUGGCUGCAGGUGCCUACUUCCUUGGUCUACCUGACAGCCAUCAUCAUGGAGUAUCUGCACCUGGCCCUGCGACCCCUCUUCAGCCUCCCUCCACUGCUCACCCGGAGUGAGGUGUGCAGCGUGGCCGUGACACACACCUUCCAGAUCGCCAAGGCCCGGACGCAGCUGGGCUACGCGCCCGAAAAGUUCAGCUUCGCAGACGUGGUGGAGCACUAUGUGCAGUCCACGCGCCGGCAGCAUCGCAGCUCCACGGUGCGGACGCUCCUGCUGCCGUUGCUCUGGCUGCUGUUGCUCCUGGGCCUGCUCGCUCUGGCCCUCCACUUCCUCGACCUGCAGCCGUCAGUCUUCUGA